GUUCGAUACCGUUACAUAUCGUUGGUUGCUGAAUAUGGCUGAAUUAUGCGAAGAGGAGAUAGACCCAAGAAUCAAGGAGGAACUUGAACGUUUGAAUUCAUCGACAGACCAAAUCAACUCCUUGGAACUACAGCUUGAUGAAGUACGAGCGACAUUUCGGCAGGCUCUCACAGAGUCAACACAAAGUCUCAAUGCGAUCUCUAAGAAAAUUGGAAGUGCGAUAGAAAAGGCACGGCCUUAUUAUGAAGCCAGACAGAAGGCUAAAGAGCUUCAACUGGAGACCCAGAAGGCUGCUCUACGCUUUGAGCGAGCCUGCAGCAUGCUGACAGCGGCCAAGGAAAUGGUGGACUUGGCUGAGCAGGGUCUGUUCCAGGAUGGGCGCACCUUUGAUGCCAACUGGCAGGAGAUGCUCAACCAUGCCACAAUGAAGGUUGGUGAAGCCGAGAAUGAGAGGACACUUAGCGUUCAUGAGCAUCUCAGCACAGCCGCUAACUUCAAUGAGGCAGAGAGAGAGGUGAAAAGGCUGCAGAAAUCACUACGAAGCAACAUCAAUAAAUCAAGGCCCUAUUUUGAGAUGAAAGCUUCAUUCAACCAAAACCUUGAGAGACACAAAAGAAGAGUCAGUGAACUAGAGAAGGAUGUUUCAUCUGCAAAGAAAGUGUAUUCUAAUGCUCUACGGAAACUGGAACAGAUCAGUGACCAGAUCCAUGAGCAACGACGGACGUCUGCGUCGAAACUUGGCCAAAGAGAAUCUGGGGUGGGUGCAGAAGCCUCGCCCAUCAUCCGAGACAACCCGUCAUCCUUUUCACCGGGUCAUAACCGGAAUCUCUCGGUGGAGGUGAAGAAGAUUGACCUGGUCAUCAAGCAGCAUCGAGAUAGUGCGUCACCGUCGCAACGAUCCAAGGACGACAUGGAUUUAUCGCCGUCAAAGGUGUAUCCACUUCCACAGAGGCCUCUGAGCUACUCGGAUAAUAGGGCACCCGAUCCACAUUCCAUCCUGGCCUCGUUCGAGUCGACCGAACACCUGGACAAUAUUUCUGACACCGUCAGUUGCAUGUCGGAGCCCAUGCUUGACAUAGACUAUGAGGAGGAGUUUGAUAGCGGAUUGGACACGCUAGCCUCCAGGACAACGGCUUCAUUGGUCUUCACAGGAACAGAAGGUCCAUUUGAGGAUAAGGACAUUGACAAGAUGAAAUCAGAGUCAACAUCUCCUGUAGAGCAUCAAGAAGCAUCCGAUAGACUGGCAACCAAAGUUUCGGAUCAAGCAACUAUUGAAGGAAAUGGUGCAGAAGACACUGCACUUGUUCAUGGUAGGUCAAAUAAUGAAGGAACUGCAGACAUCGCAGAAGAUGUGUCCAAUGAUCUCACUCCAAGACAGCAUCCAGGAGAUGAUACAGGUGAUACUGAUGAAGGUUGUGCAGCUGAUGAGCCUGAUGUGGAAUGUCCGACCGGAGGCCAUGAAAGAACCCAUCCUGCAGGGCAAGACAACUCUGCAGCAGUUAUCAACACCAAAUCAGCUGACAUCCAGGAGACAGUGUCUCCAAAUCAUCAAAAUCCAGAUAAUGUUGAUGCUGAAGAUCAGACACAAAGUCAUUGUGAUGACCAACUGUUUGUGGAAGAAGAGGAGACGGAUGGGACGGUGGUAGAAGAAGAGACAUUUGUUUGAGGGUAUUCAGAGCUGCUUAUUUUUAUCAGGUACAAGUACUUGCCGUGUGUGGAAGUCAUUGUGUGUUGUAGUCAUUAUUUAUCGCCAUCCCUAUUUCGUGAGUUCCAAACGUGUGUAAUCUACACUGUGCAAAGGUAUAUGCCAAUAUGUCAAUCCUUCAUGUGAACAAUAUUAGCUUAGCAAGCGAUGGUUCCAAACAAGACAUCCUUGCACCAGGCAUAUAUAAGCAGAAUAGAGGACUAAAGUCAUUGCUAUCUUUAAUAGACCCUUGGCUAGCUGAAACUUUUGGGGGGGCGUGACAUCACAUUAUUUACUCUAUAGUGCUAUUGCCUCUUGUGCUUAGUAGUGGAUGAUAUUGCAGUCCAAGUUGCUCAUUUUUAAGUGUAAAAAUAAUUUAUCAUAAUUUCACCUUGAAGAUGAAAUCAUAUUCACUGAUUUUUUUUU